AUGAACCGACCAAUGUUUUGUUGCUGCGAUUCGAAGGUGAAAUUUGGGCGCCCAAAAACUUGAAUUCAAAAUUCCCCAAAAUUCUUCCAGACAUUUCUCGCGUUCAUCACAAUUUUCUCGAUUUUCACCUACAUAAUGACAAUUUCGAUCACAAGCUAUUUGAGGGGAUUCGAUCCGAAACUCGCCAGCGCCCUCUUUCUCAUCCUUCUCGAUCUGCUCUUUUUGUACGGUAUUUUGAGGGAUGACACGGCGCUUUUGAGGAUUUUGUAUUGGUUUUCGGUGAGUUGAAAAAUGCGCCAGCAAAUGUCUUGCUGGCUUUUUUUCAGACCUUUCACACUAUAACAAUCUUCAUAAUUCUUAUUAUUGUUCCAGUUGCAGUAACAACUGCUGUUAAUUUUCCAGUUCAUUAUUCAGAAAAUCCUGAAUUUUUGAAUGAAGUUGCGAGAGAAGUAUUUUCAGCAACUGAAAAUGAAGAAGAAGAAGAUUGCAACUUCAAAAAAAUUGUGAAAAUAUCGCAACAACUUCUCAUGCAAGAUCUCGAACAUCAAUUGGAAAAUCAUAACAAAGCUGUUUUUAUUAGCGGGCUUGUAACGGGAUAUGCAACAACUUCGGUGAUUGUUGUCCUAUUCAUUGUUUCCUACAUCAAACAUUCGAUUAUUGGAGAUUGUUUGAGAUAUGCGGAAUUUCUUCAGAAUACGCCACAACCCCUCAGACUUAUGACGUAUUGA